GGCUGAAAAUAGUGGCAUUGUCCGCUUCGCUGAAACUAAAGACUGUCACCUUGUACUUACCAGACACUUUCUCUAGUUAGAAGCACUUGAUCCUGAAGAGCAAUGGCAGCAAUUGUUACUGGUCUGAUCCCCAUCCUUCGCACGGCAGUGGACACUACCACCACUUACAAAGGGCGCACCGUGUGGUUCGGCUUACUCUGCAUUCGCCUUGUGACACUUUUUGUAGCUGAAAUGCCUUGGUUUAAAUUGAAUUCGGAUUUCAGUUGCAACAUCACCAAGGACACUGUGUGUACUAGAGCCUGUUUCAACCAGCACUUUGACAAGCCUGUGGUAAUGGUUUGGAACUAUAUUUUUGUCCUCCUUGUCCUGUCCGUCCUGCUCAUGGAGCUUUUCACUACCCACAUCCACUCAGUUUUUGAGAAGGGUGCUGGAGACAAGAAAGAAUCUCUGGGCGAGCUGAAAAGCGUAAGUGACUCUGGCAGUAACACAGCUGGGGUGAUGAUCUUAGACAUGCACAGAAGCAGGAACGCUGUGCUGUUUUACCUGUUUAAUGUGGUGCUGCGGAUUUUGGUGGAACUUUGGUUUGUGUAUGUUCUGCUUUAUUGGAACUUGUUUAAACUAAAUCAAAAUGUUUUCAUAUGCAAAAGUAAUGCUGUUGGAUGUCCAGAUCAGGAGUGUUUGGUGAGUGGUACUGCUGAGAAGUGCAUGUCUAUUUAUGCCCUUGUGUCUGUUUCUUUACUGAUCAUCAUCAGCAGUUUUGUGUUCUGUAUCCACUUAAUUAUUCACUAUCUCUGUAACGGUUUAACCAAAGAAUGCCACAGUGUGUAACUAAAUUGUUUGCAAAAUGUAUUUUGGUUUCUCUGAACAACUACAGUCUUUCUUCUAUAUCUUUUAGUCUAUUAUUCUUUUAUAGUUUAUUGUUAUUUUAUAUCAAAUGGUUUGAGUACCAUUGAAUUAAUAACACAGUUUUAAUGAAUUGUGAAAUGUGUGAUAAGAUUGACAUUUAAUCAGUUUAAGUGUGUUGAGCAUGGUGUUUCUGUCCUUUUUUAUCUUUGUUUUUUUCUUUUUUUUCUUUAUUUCCUUUGGGCUAAAAUUAUGGAACAUUGUGUCAUAAAAACGGUGUAAGAGUACAAAACAAAGUGAUUGUGCUUUUAAUUUUUUUUAUUUUGUUUGUUUUUGGGUAUGACAGUAACUUAGUAUAUGUAAUCUAUUCCACAAUGGUAAUUUUAAGAUCAUGGGCUAUGAUGCUUUAAAUAUGUGUGUUAGUGAUUUAGCUAAUUAAACGUAUUUUGAAAUUUAAAUUGUGAUUAUAACAAGGUCAGCAGCAGAGGUCUGCAGCAUUCUCUCACCACUAGAUGAGGCACUUUCACUUAAAAUUCUUUGGUACAGGGGCCCUCAUCUGCGUCACCAUCUAAAGGAAAGUGACAUGGCUGUAAAGUUAAAAAAAAAAAAAAGGAAUGUUUUUCUUAAAUGUGUUAUUUUUGACUGAGUCUGACUAUGUAAUACCCCUUAUUCUUACCAUGUGACUUUGAAGAUUAAUUGUUAGCCUGAUGCAAUGCGUGAGGCAUAUAAUUAUUUGUAGUUCUUCCAUUUACUCACAGUAAGGAUGGUUCUGCCUUUAGGACCUGGGCAACCGAUAUGAAUACAGCGCUCAAUAUUUAUUUGAAUAAACAAUUGUUUCAA